AUGACCGCGUGUGUGGGCUCAUCUAGCGCCAGAGGCGCCAUACUUGACGUUGAUCCCUACAAAGAACUCCUACUAAAUCGUCACAACAACUACAGGAGACUAGUUCAGCCUCCAGCCGCCAACAUGCAAGCCAUGGUCUGGAACCAAACCCUUUCCGAUGAAGCUGCCUCAUGGAUUCGGAAUUGUGAUUUCAAACACGAGAGUCGCGGAAGAGGAGAAAAUUUGGCAUUUGACUCUAACAAUAAGUCAAUUAAAAAGUACAUCAAGGACGCGAUGAAAUCCUGGUACGACGAGAAUAUGUUUUACACACUUGGACCCCAAGCAUGUGGCAAGGCUUGCCACUAUACACAGAUGGUGUGGCACAAAACCACACAAGUCGGUUGCGCUAUGGUCCAAUGUCCUAAUCUGCUUGUCUAUGGAAAGUGGAUACGUAAUGCUUGGUACAUCGGCUGUUUCUAUGAUCCAAAAGGUAACUGGAUAGGACAAGAACCGUACGUGCAGGGUGAACCAUGCUCACAGUGUUCAACAGGGCAAGAAUGCGACGAUAGACUAUGCACAGGUACUGUAAUCUACUUAGACUCGUGUGAAGACGACAAUAGCAUGUGCAAGACAUGGAAGGCAAUGGGAGAGUGUAACAAGAACCCGAAUUACAUGAGGGUAAACUGCAGAAAAGCAUGUGGCGUGUGCCAAGGGAACGAGGAAAGCCCAACCUCGUCGUGUGUCGACACUAACACGAGGUGUGGAGCAUGGGCCAGAAUCGGAGAGUGUCAGAGGAACGAGGCUUGGAUGAUACCAAACUGUCCAAAAUCAUGCAGAGCUUGCAACGGUGGCAAUGACAAUGACAGGGACGGUGGCAGUGGCAGUGGCAGCGGCAGCGGCAACGGUGAUGAUGAAGAAAGUGUGUGCAGGGACCAGAUAAGGUGUUGUGCUGACAUGAGGAGGCGGGGUUACUGUAGGCGAUACCGCAAGUUUAUGCGAGAAAAUUGUAAGGCGUCAUGUACAAGGUGUUGA